UGUUCUUUCCGUACACGUGUCACUUCGUCCAUGUCGUCUACUACCAAGCGCUGGAGCUACGGCUUUUGCAGCUGGGUGGACUUUUUCUCGUGGUUGACCUCCGUGGUCCUCCAUCCAAGGAAUGGCUGGACACGGGGAUAAUCAUGACUUUGGGGGCAGCAGUCGCAAUCAGGGUGGAGGCGGAUGGGACUACGGCGGACAUCGCGAGUAUGGCGGAGGACAUCGAGGUUAUGCGAGCGAUCGUGGUGAUAGUGGCGACAGAGGUUACGAUGGUGACCGGAGGUCCGGUGGGGAGCGGAUCUUUGAUCGAGGCCUGUGGCCGGGACCCCCUAUCUGUUUCAAUUGCGAUGAGCCAGGCCACUAUGCGAAUCAGUGUUCGCAUCCAAGGUGGAACUCACAUCCUUCGACAUCGGCAAGCCGUGGUGGCUCUAGCCCUCCUAAUAGACCGAACUUCAGCAGGUGCCAGCUAUUGGACCCUCUGGAAUCCAAAGUAGCUGAGAUUGGAAGUCGCGCAGGGCGUGAGGUUUGGGCAUCACAGCGCAGGAAAGCCGAGAGGAAGGAGGCCGAGGAACGUGCAGAGGCUGAACGGGUGGCGGCGGUUCUUAACAAGAAGAAGAAGGAAGAGAAGUCGUGCAAAGAAGUUGACAUCAAGGAGGAGCUUCAUAAAAGCUUGGAUGCCAGAAUGGUUGUUCGGGUUGGCAAACUCCAUGAGGAUGUGGAUUCUGCAGUGCCGGCGGAAGAGAGUAGCGCGAGUAGCAACAAGACUGAGGAGUUGAAUCUGCAGACAAGGAGAUUGUGUAUCAUUGAGAAGAGGAAACGUGGGCCUGAAGCAGUCUUCAAAGGCAGUUCCCCGAUGGAGCUGCCACCUAAGCGUACACCGAAACGGGGAUCCCGACCUGUUGGGUUUUCAGGGAGACCAGUACACCUAAGAAGACUCCUCCGUGCUACCAUUGGUAUUGUCGGACGAUUGAGAUUUGAGAAACGGGUAUUGAGCGACCUUAAGAAUUUGGACGCACUCGUCCUACAGAACAUCUGCAAAGAUGAAGGGAUACCGUACAAUGUUGGUUAUGACGGAGGGCUCGUAGAUCUCAGCUUCGGUUUGAGGUCUGGGAGUGGCCAGGACGUCACGCACACCGUUCUCGUGAACCCGGGUUCUUCCAGCAACCACACAGCGCCUUCGGUGGGGCCGUGUGGCCUUCCUGACACCCGCGGCCGGGGUUGUGGUCAGUCGGGCGACGAACGUGGACUCGUUUCGCGAGGGCGGACGACAGUGGGCACAGCAGGUGUUCGUGCGGAGGGGACGAGGACAGGUGGAUCGACAACGGCAGGCGGCGCAGUCCACCGAGGAGGGGAUGACGCUGACGGCUACGCUGCGGAGGUCGCGGGGCGAGAGGUUUGGGAUGAUUAUCGGCGACAAUCGCGACAAUCUAGCACGUCCGCCAUAACGAGAGGGGUGGCGAAGAUCAAUGUACGGGCGGACGACACACCCGGCGAUUGCGACGGCGCGGGUGGUGAAGAUUUGUCGGCAGGCGACGGGGGCAACGACAACGACGACGACGACGACGGGGAGAUGGAGAUUCGUCCGCUGGGGAAGAAACGGGGAGGGCCGAGGGCGACGAGCAAGUCCAGCGAGCCGCGCGCGGGGCGGAGAGGCAAGAAGACUGCGGGAGAUGCAUUGGCAGGCGACGGAGCGAAAAGCAGGGAUUUUUGGACCGUGGAACACAUGAUUGCUCUUGUUAGAGCUAAAAGAGACCAGGAUUUGCAUCUUGCUGGCCUCGGCCACAACAUGGGAAGGAUGAAGACGAAGACAUGGAAGUGGGCCGACAUCGAGAGCAGGCUCGUGCAGAUCGGGGUGACGACUAAAAAGGCCGAUGACUGCGGGAAAAAAUGGGAUAACCUAUACAUGCAGUUCAAAAUUGUGCACAAACUUCCAGCCAGAAGAAGUGGUGAUGGUGGACGCGCAAGGUACUUCAGCGGCGCCGCGAUUGGGUUUCGGGCGAGAUGGGUUGACGAGGGAACAGGUGUCCGCUGUGAAGCAGAGCAUUGCUGUUGGUGCUGCCGGGGCGUAGCAAAGGACCUCGAAGGCGGCAGCGGUUGUCAUAACGGAGGUGCGCGUCCCGAGGCAACUUCCCGCGGCGACGGGGAAGGUCCAGCCACGUCAGCCACUUCCACUGCAACAGUUGGAGGCUUCGGGGGGGGGAAAGCACAGCCCGCGCAAAAGGGCGAUGCAACGGCGAUCGGCACUCGGACGGCGGCGGCGGAUCGCAGUGGUAGAACCAGAGUUGCCGAAGGUGCGGGCGAGGAGAGGGUAGACGACGUCCGCAACGACGUCCGCCACGACGAGGGAAGAAGAGACGGAAAGCGGGAGGGCGACGACGACGACGACCGUCCACUUGUAACGAGGUUGAAGGGAGACGCAAAGGAGGAUGGUCUGGAGGAAAGAUCGAAGUUGUGGGUUGAUUGCGACUCUUUCUGGGGUCAGGGACCAGGGAAACCCUUGAGGGAGGCGGUUGGCGAGUGCGCGGACUACUUCAUCGCAAUCGCCAACGGAGACGCGGGAGCUGAACCGCCUGCGAUGCUCAUACUGCCGCCGAACGACAUCUUCAAAUCGUCGUCGCAGUCGGCUGGAUUCGCUCGUCCAGAGUCGUACAUCACUGUCGACAUUGCCACAAACGUCGCACGAGCAGUUUGGAAGGGGCAGGAAUGGUCGAAUGUGGUGUCCCCUGCACUCGUGUACCACACUCUGGCGAUGAAGAUGGACGUGCCUCUGUGGUUCGCGGGGGUGAAGAUUGUGGAUCGGCCAGAGGACGACGACAUGGCGGUGCGGCAGGAGGCGACAGUUCUUCGCAUCGCGGAGUGCUGGACAGACGCAAUGUGGUGUGGACAAUGGGCAGACGACGGGCGCGUGAAACAAGAGAGGUUGUCUAGGCUUGCGGACUGUCUUCGAGCGUUGUUGAGCGCGUGCAUGUGGAUCAUGCGCAUGGGUGGUGACGACGACCGUUCGCACUACGAGGCGUGCCUUUGCUCGUCCCUGGUCGCCAAACCGACAAUGAUAGCGGCGGCGUCGUACAUCUUCAACUGGCGGCGACACAUCGUCGACAGCGCGAACCUCGUCUUGGAUCGUAUAGGGAAGGCUCACCUCACGCUGGGAGAAUACCCACACUGCAUUCCGAAAUGGUGUGACUGCGGGUUGGUGUUCGGCCACAACGCGGCCCUGAAAAACGUGGCGGAAGCCGCGAAACACGGAUGGAUUGGCAGCGGGCCUGCGGCGGAGGAAGUGGGAGACGAGGACGGUUGACACGUGGGUGCGUCCGUGGCGCAGCGUCAAGGUGCGGUCGAGGCGACUCGAACAGCGUCUGGUAUCGAGUGUC